UUGUUAAUAAACGUCAAUUUUCUUUAGCAUAUAAAAUGCUGUGCUCGCAGUGCAAUAAAAAAAUAGUUAACCAUAAAUCUAAAGUCACUUGUGGUGAUUGUAAAUCAGUUUUUCAUUGCUCAUGUGUUAAUCUUGAUUUGUCUGAACUGGAGCAGAUGAAAGCUCAGAACUCAAGUUAUCGUUGUGAUAAGUGUAAUGCUCUUCGACGAAAAUCAUUACAACAUCAAAGUCUUCAGAACUUAAGACCAAAUCCAACAACACCGGCUACAAAAAAUUCUAAAAUAGCCCAACAAAAUGUAGAAAUCGAUACGUCAUCAUCGCAAAAAAAAUGUGGUUCAACCGGCACAUCAGUUACGCUGCAAAUGCUUUACGAAGAAAUUAUAUGCAUAAAAAAAAUUAACUGCGAUUUUCUCAGCACAAUCAAUCAGCUGGAAGAGAAAAAUAAAGAGCUUCAAUCGAAAAUCAAAUCUCUUGAAAACACAAUCAACUGGAGAGAGCAGAAGAUCGUUGAAAAUUUCGUUGAGAUCGUAGGAGUACCUGAUGUCAACAACCAAAAUAUUGGAGAGUGUGUGCAGAAAAUAUUCACUGAUGCUCUGGAUAUAUCUGUACCUUCUACUGAUGUCCAAAAUUGCUAUGUGAAAAGAAUCUGGCUGAACAAUGCAAACACUGGCCCAGCUUCCGAAAAAUCCAGAAAAAACAAAAAAGAGUUCAACGAUAUUAUUUGCGUUCAAUUCUCUUCUCUAGAAGCAAAACAGAAGUGAGGGAACCGAAGACAAUAUUUACAUCAACGACUGUCUUACUGGCUACAACCGUCAUCUGUUUAUGGAGGCAAAAAAAAAGAAAGAUGAGAAAAAAUAUAAGUAUUUAUGGUUUCAAAACUCGCAAAUUUUAAUGAGAAAGAUUGAUA